CACAGGGGUACGGGGCCCAGGGUAGGAGAGGUUGGGGUCGGGACCGGCGAGGAGAGGCUUGGCACCCGGUGGCACGGGGAGCCUUGUCUGGGGCGGCGUGGACCGGAGCGCGGACCGGAACCGGAACCGGGAGCACGGGGAGCGAAGGUGCGGGGACGGCGACGCGGCCGGGCGCCGAGACUCCCGGAAAGGCUGCGGGGAGCCCCGACGACACUCUCAGGGCUGCGUCGCAGGCCCCCAUGAUGGGGAAUGGAUUUGCGAAACUGGUUCCGAAAGAGAUGACAGGGUAGGGAGGGGGCGCGAGCGGCCGGAGCGGCGGCUUUGCCACUCGCUGGGGAGCCGCCUUUAGGUUUCCUCCCCCGGAACGUUAUUGUGUGCCUCAGUUCGCGGAGGUGGGGGCCCUGCGCUGGAGUGAACAAUUGCUCACUUCGCAGAGACCAAGGUGCAACUCAAUGCUGAAUUGUGGGAACUGCAGGGGAACCCCUGCAUCUUGUUUUUUCUUCAAGGCUCACUUUUGAGUGAAAGAUUUGACUUUAUAACAAAACUGCGGCAGGGAUAGGACGUCCUUAUUUGCUCUUAGUUUCUCACUUCCACAUUUCAGCAUCCUCCCUGCUUGGACCCUUAUCCCCUUUUCCUCCACUCAGGCUGACUUUUAUGUCCUACUCUGGUGCUCUGGCUCUCUCAGCUCCUCUUCUGAUCUUCCCGAUUCUUCCCCCACCUGCCACAGAUUACGUCUAUUUUGAGAACUCCUCCAGCAAUCCUUACCUGGUUAGACGGAUUGAGGAGCUCAACAAGACUGCUAAUGGAAAUGUGGAGGCAAAGGUUGUCUGUCUUUUCCGGCGAAGGGACAUUUCUAGUAGCCUCAACAACCUGGCUGAUAGUAAUGCUAGGGAGUUUGAGGAGGAAUCAAAGCAGCCAGGGGUGUCGGAGCAGCAGCGACAUCAACUGAAACACCGGGAGCUUUUUCUUUCUCGACAAUUUGAAUCGUUACCAGCCACCCACAUACGGGGGAAAUGCAGUGUGACCCUCCUGAAUGAGACAGAUAUCUUGAGCCAGUACCUGGAAAAGGAGGACUGCUUUUUUUACUCACUGGUGUUUGACCCUGUACAGAAGACACUUCUGGCUGAUCAGGGGGAGAUCAGAGUUGGUUGCAAAUAUCAGGCUGAGAUCCCAGAUCGCCUGGCAGAGGGAGAAUCUGAUAAUCGGAACCAACAGAAGAUGGAGAUGAAGGUGUGGGACCCAGACAACCCUCUCACAGACCGGCAGAUUGAUCAAUUUCUCGUGGUGGCUCGAGCUGUGGGGACCUUUGCAAGAGCUCUAGAUUGCAGCAGCUCCAUUCGGCAGCCAAGCUUGCACAUGAGUGCAGCAGCCGCCUCCAGAGACAUUACCCUGUUUCAUGCAAUGGAUACCUUGCAAAGGAAUGGCUAUGACCUGGCUAAGGCCAUGUCAACCCUGGUGCCCCAGGGAGGCCCAGUACUGUGUCGUGAUGAGAUGGAAGAAUGGUCUGCCUCAGAAGCCAUGCUAUUUGAGGAGGCCCUAGAGAAGUACGGGAAGGAUUUCAAUGAUAUUCGCCAGGAUUUUCUACCCUGGAAGUCACUUGCCAGCAUAGUCCAGUUUUAUUACAUGUGGAAAACUACAGACCGGUAUAUUCAGCAGAAAAGAUUGAAAGCUGCUGAAGCAGACAGCAAACUGAAACAGGUCUACAUCCCCACCUACACCAAGCCAAACCCUAACCAGAUAAUUUCUGUGGGUUCAAAACCUGGCAUGAAUGGGGCUGGAUUUCAGAAGGGCCUGACUUGCGAGAGCUGCCACACCACGCAGUCUGCCCAGUGGUAUGCCUGGGGCCCACCCAACAUGCAAUGUCGUCUCUGUGCUUCUUGUUGGAUCUACUGGAAGAAGUAUGGGGGACUGAAGACUCCAACCCAGCUUGAGGGGGCUGCUCGUGGCACUACAGAGCCACACUCAAGGGGUCAUUUGUCUAGACCUGAAGCCCAAAGUCUCUCCCCCUAUACAACCAGCGCCAACCGGGCCAAGCUACUGGCUAAGAACAGGCAAACCUUCCUGCUUCAGACCACGAAGCUGACCCGUCUUGCCCGACGAAUGUGCAGGGACCUAUUACAACCAAGGAGGGCUGCUCGACGACCUUAUGCCCCUAUAAAUGCCAAUGCCAUUAAGGCAGAGUGCUCCAUUCGCCUUCCUAAGGCCGCUAAGACUCCAUUGAAGAUUCACCCUCUGGUGCGACUGCCCUUGGCAACUAUUGUGAAAGAUCUGGUUGCCCAGGCACCUCUAAAACCAAAAACACCUCGGGGUACCAAGACACCGAUCAACAGAAACCAGCUUACCCAGAACCGGGCACUGGGGGGCAUUAUGGUGAAACGGGCCUAUGAAACUAUGGCAGGAGUUCCUUUCUCUGCCAAUGGAAGACCUCUAGCCUCAGGUAUUCGCUCAAGUUCACAGCCAGCAGCCAAGCGUCAAAAACUAAACCCAGCUGAUGCCCCCAAUCCAGUGGUGUUUGUGGCCACAAAAGAUACCAGGGCCCUACGAAAGGCCCUGACCCACCUGGAAAUGCGGCGAGCUGCCCGCCGGCCCAACUUGCCCCUGAAGGUGAAGCCAACACUGAUAGCAGUGCGGCCCUCAGUCCCUUUACCUACACCAUCGCAUCCUGCCAGCACCAAUGAGCCCAUUGUUCUGGAGGAUUGAGCAUCUAUGGGGAAGGGAGGCAGGCAGAAAGGUAGAGGGUGGGUGCCCAGGGCACCCAAACCUUCCUUCCCUUUAGUAUCAAAGGGAGGGAGCAAUUGAGUGUGUACCUGGAGGGGUUGGGCGCCCUCUGGUGUUACCAACUUGAGACUUGUUCCCUUUCCCAUGCCUCUCCAUGUUUGGUGAUGGAGGGCAGAUUGCAGGAUCUUGGCCCACGUGGGAACCUAGCCUGUUUUGAGGGGUAGGACCCACAGUUGUCUCAGACAGUUUUGGGGGGAGGGUUUUUAAAUUUUUUAAAAAUGUUGCCUCCCUUUGUGAAAGGGGUUGGGGGAAGAGUAAACAGAUAUCAGGUGGUGGUACCUGUUUUGGGCGGGAGGGGGGGGCGUGCACUGCCAUGUCUAUCUUUUAUUUUUUUUUUCUAAUUGGGGGUAUGUCUUUCUGUCCGGUGUCCGGACAUUCUAAUUGGAGUUUGAGGCCCCUAAGCUGGCAUCAGCCCCAGGCCAUGCUUACUCUUUCCUUCCCUCCCCUGCCCCCUCCGCCUUUUGUACGCCAGUUCUCAGAAAUAAAGAUCUUUUGUCCAUUUUUUUAACCUUGGAUUCUGUAAUUGGUUCUUACAGUAACAAAUAAAAAGCUGUUUUCUUCA